CUGACCUAUUCAAACAACCAACAAGUCGGCUUCUUCUCAGUCUCUCUUCGAAGGAGGCACCGACGAACGGUGGCUGGGCGGCGACUGACGGCGGUCGGCGGUCUUGCUCCUCCACGAAGAUCGGUCCAACCGAAUCCAACACUCGAGCUAGAUCCAGAUUGAUAGAAGCUGCAAAACCAAACCGAUAAAGAAAAUGAGUUCCUAGUAAAUAAUCCUACUUUUCCCCGAGCGGUCUUUUCUUGCACUGCACUUGAUAAUUGCCAUGAAGCUACUUGCAUCUUUCAGAUCGUCACACAGAGCACUUUGUGGGAUCACAGGACCUCUGCAAUCGCGGUCAUUCCAACCUGAUUUUGUGCCAAGUGAUCCAAAUGCCAAGCCUGUAAAAUACAAAUACCCUGCAGUCUACGAUCCAUAUGGACCUAGACCCCCUCCCUCCAAUAAGAUCAAGCAGCUUGCAGAGCGCAUUGCAGCCUUAACUCCAGAGGAGCGGAAACAAAUCGGGCCCACACUCAAAGAGAGACUGAAGCUUCCCAUGUUGAAAAACAUAUCCACAGAAGGCGCCGGUGGGGCAGGUGGACCGGUGGGCGGUGGGCCCACGAAGGCCGAGGAGAAGGCCGAGAAAACAGCAUUCGACGUGAAGCUAGAGAAGUUUGACGCAGCGGCCAAAAUCAAGGUGAUCAAAGAGGUGCGUUCUUUCACUAGUUUGGGGUUGAAGGAAGCCAAGGAGUUGGUCGAAAAGGUCCCCGCCGUGCUCAAGCAAGGUGUCACCAAAGAGGAGGCAAAUGACAUAAUCGAAAAGAUCAAAGCUGUUGGAGGAGUUGCAGUUAUGGAGUAAUAAUACUAAUAAUUAUCAGGAAAAUGCUAAGGUACCUCUAACUCUCACAUUUCAUCCCAACUUUCUCACCGACAUUGAAGAGGUGGAGUGCCCCUAGCAUGGUCCUGAUUAUUAUUAAUAUAAACCUUCUUGGAUGAUGUUUUGCAAAUUUGGGAGGACUAAAGAAGAAGAGUCUUCAGACUCAGCCAGCCUUUUCUUUUAGACACAUAGAGUGAGGUAAUUCUGAGUUAUGAUUCAAUGACCCUUCAAAUAAGGGUGUGUUUUAGAGAGCUUACUUGGAUCUCUACUUGCUUAUUUUAUGUUGCUUUUACAGUUUUGGGUUUUGACAAACCAAUUUUGCUUAAUGCUUAUUUUAAGCAGGAAACGAUCUCUUUAUGUUAUGGUA